UCAACCUUCCGGCCGCCUGUCUCACCUGCUGUGGGAUUUUCUAAUCGCGGACAGACAGCGUCUAUGUGCGGCUUUACACUUCCUUUGGAAUACUGACUCCACUCACAUUUGUUUCUUUUCUUCUUUCUUUUCUUCUUCCUGUGUCUGCUCUGAUAACUCCAUGUCUGAUGUGGUGGUCCCGGUGGCUCUCCGGGGGGGGAUUAGAGACACAAACAACCCCCCCGCCUAUAGGUGAGGAAGACAUGUCACCUUGUUCCUCAGCAGGGCAAUAACGGAUGGAGAGCUAGCAGAAUGGGGUUUUUACUGGCGACCUCAUGGAGCCCUGACCUAAAGUCCUGAGAUCAGAUAAAUGGAACUGCAGGACAGGAGUUACUCCCCAUCCCGUAGGACCAGCAGGGUCGAGCAGGUGGUGGGACGAUGGCUGAGACGGUCCCGAGAGUUGGGCAGCAGGUCUUUGAGCAGAGACAGAAUUGCAAUAGAUGGGACGACAGCAGAGUGCAGUACUUCAGACCAGAGGAACUCCCCAUUCCGCUUGAAUGUUUUGAUCCAGCAGGACCCAAACUUCAGAUCUCAUGGCCUCACCCUUUCCUCCCACACACCCAUCCUGGUAGAAGCGGUCACCCCAGGUGGUCCUGCAGAUGGUCGGCUCGUCCCUGGAGACCAGUUACUGAAGAUCAAUAAUGUCACUGUUGAUGAUCUGACCUCUGAGCAAGCUGCUGAAAUAAUCAGAGAGUGUGAAGAUGCGUUAUCGGUGACUAUUCUCAGAACAAUGCUGGGCCCUAAGUCGUCCUUCAUCACGCCGGAAAAGAGGGCCAAGCUGAAGUCCAACCCAGUGAAAGUCCGCUUUGCUGAGGAAGUCGAAGUGAACGGACACGCUCAGGGCAACUCGCUGCUAUUCCUGCCGAAUGUUCUGAAGGUUUAUCUGGAGAAUGGGCAGACCAAAGCCUUUAAAUUUGAACCCAGCACAACAGUCAAGGACAUCGUGAUGACACUCAAGGAAAAACUUUCUCUAAGGAAUAUUGAACAUUUCUCCCUGGUGCUGGAGCAGCAGUACAGUGUCACUAAACUGCUGCUGCUUCAUGACGAGGAGAAGAUACAAGAGGUGGUCCAGAAGAAAGAGUCCCAUGACUUCAGGUGUCUUUUCCGUGUUUGUUUCGUCCCCAAACAACCUGAGACUCUACUACAGGGAGAUCCGACUGCCUUUGAGUAUUUUUACCUGCAGGGGGUGAAUGAUGUUCUGCAGGAGCGCUUUGCGGUGGAGAUGAGGUGUAACACUGCCCUGCGACUUGCUGCUCUGCACAUCCAGGAGAGGCUGGUGAGCUGCGGGCUGCCACCAAAGACCAGCCUGAAGACAGUCAUCAAGACGUGGGGCAUGGAAACCUUUGUUUCCUCCACGCUGUUGAGAAACAUGCGAGAGAAAGACAUGAAAAAGGCCAUAACCUUCCAAUUGAAGAAGAGCCAAUCCCAGAAUGAUUCCAAACAGAAAGGACUGACAGUUGAGCUGGCGCGCUUAAACUACCUGGAGGAACUAAGUGAGCUCAAGUCCUUUGGUGGGAAAUCCUUUAGUGCGACUAUGAUGCUGCAGGACAGAGAGUCCACGGUAACCCUGUUGGUGGGCGCACGCUACGGCGUGAGUCAGGUGAUCAACCACAAAAUGAGCAUCCUGUCCACCCUCACAGAAUUUAACAGCAUCACACGCCUGGAGCUCAUCCAGGAGUCUGACAAGGUCAGCCUGGUAAAAAUAUACCUGCAGGACAUAAAGCCCAUGACACUGCUACUGGAGACGCUAGCGGCCAAGGAUAUGUCGUGCCUAAUAGCAGGCUACUGUCGAGUGUUUGUUGACCCCGCCAUGAAUAUCUUUCCCUGGAUGGAUGCCCCGAAGAAGCACAAAGUGUCAGUUGAAGAAGGUUACGUGUCGCGUUGCGGCAGCGACUCUGACAACUCGUCCGACCUGGACAUGGAGCCGCUUGUCAGCCGCCAGUCUCGUGAUGGCAAACGUUGCCCACGUGUCAGAUCCUCAUCGGGCCCAGAGGGAAGGCGCAGGCCUGAAAGGAACCCCGAGAUAAACAAACAUGCCAGAGAAAGUAGAAGUCGGAAAGAUGAAAAUGAUGCUGACGCAGAAAAGGAUCCAACUGAUACAAUUGAAGAGAGUAAGAAAGAAGACAAGCAAGAGACAGGAAACCAGAAUGGCGGACGAUUACGGAUUCAUGCGACAGACGAGGACUGCGAGAAACCUGAAAACGAGCCCCAAGAACCCAAGACCGCAAGUGCAGUUACUGAGGACCAGCCGUGUCUGUCAGAUUCAUGUCACACCGACUCCUGUGUCAUAACCAGCCCUUCCAGCGACUCUCUCGACUUCCUGGAGGAAGACGACUUGAUUUUGUGCUCCUGUGCCUCCCUCCAUCCCAGCGCUUCCACACCGAGCCACGCCCAGACAUAUUCCACUCUGGAACUCCACCCGUACACUCACACGUACUCCGAGGGUCACCUUCUUGCUCCUCCUCCGGCUCACUCUCAUCGUCUUCUUCACGUCACGUCCUACAGCGACGACGGCGGCGCAAAAAUGUGUGGCGAUGGAGCUGAACCUCAACGCUCCUUUGACAUUCACCUCACCAAUUACUCCACCAGCUCCUACUCGGAAAGCGACAACACAUGUUUUGCCGAGCUGUCCUGCCUUGUGGACCUCCCGAGUCCCCCCGAGGCGAGUGAGGAUGAAGAGGAUGAUGUGAGGAAAAGGACAACAGCGCUAACUGACCACACGGACGAGGCUUUGACAAGAUUAUGUGACGGAGGGAACAGCAGUUUUUGCCGACACCCCCAUUCCCCUUCCUCAACCUCCGCCUCCUCCCACUCCGACUUUGUGUUUAACUUUGAUCAAAGCGACGCACGCUGUUACUACAAGCUUUGCUCCAACAUCACCCCUGACAGCGCUCGCAGCCUUUCCCGACCUGGGAGCCGGACGCAAAGAGGAGAGGAUCCGGAGCAGGAACACGCCCCAGCACGUGACCUGCGGCCGCUUCCCAUUCUCCAGCCGCCACCCGGCUUUGGAGACAGUAGCUCCGAUGAGGAGUUCUUCGAUGCCAGGGAUCGCUUGACAUCACCUGACGAUCCAGGCUCCGGGGCGGGGCCUAAAGGUGAUACUGUCAUGAAGUUCACAGAUGGUGCAGAGAUGAAAGCGGGUUUUUUGAGUGACAUGACAAUCUCCACGCCAGACUCAAAGAAGGAAGUGAGCCAACGAGGGAACAAGGAAGGCGGAGGCGGGAAAGCUUUAUACGAUAAUAGAAAAAGAUCCCGUUUGCGUCGUUCCUUCAAGGAAACUGAUGGUGCCUCCUAUCCAGACCCUCAUUCGGCAUCAACGCAGGACCCGGUCCGUUCCAAGUCAAGUAAAAACCAUCUUGCAGAAGCCAUUGAUGCCCACACAUUGACCUCUGACCCUGAACCUUCAGAACAAACACAGAAUCCCAGUCCGACUGUCUCCUCUCUGACACACUCAGAAGGAGAACCAGCCCAGCUUGAAACCAAACCCAUUCUCAUCGCUUAUGGUCUCGGAUCCAGCGGUCAAGCUAGAGACCCCCUGGCCCCCACCAGGAAAAGGAAACAAGACAUGGAGAUGGAACCUGACGCGAUGGAAUCAAAAUCUGUCAAUGACAUCAUCAAGACCAGAUCUCCUUCCAUCACUGUUGUGCGAUGCCGAGUGGACCCAGACGGGUGGGAGAGCGCCGAUCGUAGAGCUGAUGGGAAGGAGGAAUUGGGCAACCAGGACCAGAAUAACAAAAGCGCCCCUGUUCAAAAAUAUGAUGACGCAAUGCCUUCUUCUUCGUACUCUCCGCCACCUCCUCCACCUUCAUCCCCGCUGCUUCCAGUGCCGGUUGCUCACCACAGCACAGGAACAUCCAGCUGCGAGGAAGAAGAAAACGCACUCAAGAACCCACAGUUACUCACAAGCGAUGAAGGUGAAGGUACUGGUGUGGUUUGUUCUGGUCGGACUCCCAGUGACGAGGUUGCAGACGGCGCCAAUUCCGAUAACGUUUUUGACGACGACGAUGCAAUAAAUGCUUUGGGUGGAAAAGAUGACCGGACAACAGUCAUGAAUUGUAGUCCGCGUCCUGAACACACCGCCACUGACGGCGGUACGAAAAGGAACGCUCAUCCCGAACACACGCUGGCGGCAAACGCCAUCACAGCAUCAAGUGAUGAAUUGAAAAGUGACGUUUUAAAUAAUUCAUGCGAGACUCAAACUGUCCACAAAGCCAAAGGAGAGUCCACUUCGGGUGCUGAUUCACUUCCCGCCAACACCACCGUGGUCCACAAUCUUGCCAAAGGGUCUCCUUCGCCGACUCACUUCCUCUUCCAGUCCUGUUCCCCCAACGUCAUGGGCCGUUUGUCUGCUUCCACACUCAGAGAAAAGAUCCAAAAGCUGCCCAUGUUUUUAUCACAUUCCCAAGAAUCCCUGAACCAAGACGGGCAGUGUUCCGCCAACACGGACAUCAUGCACACGGCGAUGGACGUCCAUGAUGUCAUGCGUAUCAGAGAUACACUCCAGGCGGAGGAGUCGGAUGAUUCGGAUACAACUGUCACAGGAUCGGAAGUAGAGGACAGGUUUUCUGUUCUUCCAUCCCCGGCCAGCAAAUCUGAUUUAGGAUCAGAAGUGAGGGAAACACCAGGAAUGUUGGAAGAUGACAGAACCGUCCGGGCUGAACCCCAGCGACAACAGCAGCUGGAAUCAAACAAAGCACCAGGACCGAUAACGCAGCCUCCAGUUUCCAUAGCGCUUACCCCCGCAAGACAUUCCACAAUUCCGACUGUGGACACUCCUGGCCCUGUCAAAGAUGCUCCAAGAUCCCAGAUGAAUGACACAAGGUUGCCCUCCGUUCCUCCUGCAAUCGUGGUGACCACACAAAAUCUUAACGGGCCGGGACUACAUUUUCACGGCCAAUCCCAAAAAGACCAAAGUAGCAUCGACAGGCCCUUAAUCAGUCCUCCUAUUCCACCGGAACCCAACACGGACCCAUGGAACCCACUUUCCUCAGGCUGCCUGGUCUUUGAGGUCUGUGAGGACCCGUCCCAUUCGGGGGUGUCAUCAGAGGGAGGGACUACUUUAAGCUGGAAACCUGCGCUGGCGUCUCGUUGCGAGGGUUUGAACACGGACGCCUGCGGCUGCCCAGCAGUCUACACCAACUGCUUCAGCGGGGGGGGCAGCUUCGACGAGGAGAUGACCGUUUAUGAGUUCUCAUGCCAAGGCAGCGGCGAGCCGCCGAGUUCCAGGUUAGCUCUUCCUCUCACGACCGAUCCUUCUGGUCCUCCAUCCUUUCUUACCUCGCCGACAUCAGAGCUCAGCCCCCUCCUCUCGCCGCUCUCCGAUGUUUGUAUGAACUGUAAAACGCAAAAAGACACCAUUAAUCGACUCGGAAAGCAGCGUUACCCAAAGCCGCCCGCCGGAUUCCACGUUCUCCGCGUAGACGUCAACCAGCUCCUUUCUGUCUUGGAGAAAAGCGCUGCCGAUCGUUCCGCGGCUGGUCAAGGAGGUCGCCACCCAAGGGACACGUGUGCUUCCCACUUCACAGAGAACAACCAGGUGCUCCAAACCGAAGCCAGGCGACUCACAACGAGCUGCCAAAAGGUCGUCGGCAUCGAGCAAAAUCCGGAAGAAAUGCUCAAUUUACUCGCUGACAGCUUCCGUACCUUGGUGGAGUUGGCGGGCGUAUGCAUUUGGUUUUCCGGUUGCGACCGAUGCGAGCGGAGGAACGCCGAAGCCGUCUCGAGUCUAGCCGACGUGGCGCGCUCAUUCAAGGACUUGUGUCUGGCGGCCGAGCGUGCGGGCGGCAAUCGCACCUGCCACGACCUGAGCACCAAGCUGCUGGCUAAACAGUGCACCGCUCUCACCGCGUCCGUUUUCUGCCUCACUCAGGUCUUCCGUACGCUAACGGCACUGUGACGCCGGCGCCAAACCCAAAAGCGGCAGCAUGUUGAUGGAAUGGUCAUGUGCAUGUGUUUAGCCACCCCAGCAAACCUCCGCUAACCAAACUGCAAGUUGCCUCAGCAAAUGUACCAGUCUUGAUCUGACUUGAAUGUAUUCGAUAUUGUUGAUCUAAUAAUCAACUUAUGAAGGUCACCACGGCGUGAGCAAGAAAUGUCGAAAAGACAAAAGUAUCCAUGUUAUGUCAUUGUUUACAGCCUUAGUCUCGGGAGUUGUGGCUUGCAACAGUUGAAGGCCUUUUGCUUCGGUAGUAUUGACGUCCAAAAUACGUUAGCCUAAUUCAAAUGUUGCAUAAUUUUGUUUAGGUUUGCAGAUUUUUUAGUUUAUUUGUUCAUACUUUUAUUUUCCACUUUAGGGCCAAACUUAUUAGAACGAGUCUUAUUGUUUGCCCACUGGCAAUGAGCAAUUUUCCGAUGUUGCCACAAAAAUUCCGAUUAACCUGAACACUUUGUUGUACCGCAGCAUCAGUAUGAUAUAACACAUGACUGGAACUGUUAAUUUCAUAUAUAAAUCAAUAUAUGUGCUUAAGAAGCAUGCAUUGAAGCCAUACCAAGCGGCGUUUAAUCAGGGAUUGUCUGAAUGGCUAAAUGAUGACUUAUUGCUCUUGCUUUGUACCACUCCGUUUGACUAUUAAAAUUUGCAUUGAUACGUUUAUAUGUCAUUUUACUGUCAUUUAGGGCAACCCUGAUUCUGGGACAUUAUCAAAAUAAAGUGAAAUAUUUAGAUAUUUUAAAUAUUUUUCCAAGUAAUUGUGGUCAAUUUGUGCGUAAAUAAGAAGCUAUGCAUCUGUAUAGUACAACGGCCACGUUGAAACAACCAUUGGUAAUUGUUUUUAAUUCUGUAAAGCACUUUGUGUGCAUGCAGGAAAGGGCUCUACAAUUA